AAGCGAUCAAAGUAGAAUUAAAAUCAUUCGGAGAACUUGCAGUCUAAGUUUUUUUUUUUAGAUCCUAACCCCCCCAACCGUUUUCAACGUCGUUCUACGAUCACCUCGGGUCGCCCCACCCCCCAGCAAUGUUGGACAUGCAGACGGUAGGGCUCCAGUCACCCUACCCCAGCUCGGCCGUGGGCGGGAUGGGUUCGAUCCCCAACAUUUCUAUCGGGAACAUCGGGAACACGACGGGCCUGGGUCUCAUGUCGGGACUGUACGGGGACCAGAACUAUUACAGGCACGGCGGCUAUGGCAUGGCUAUGGGAGGCAUGGGCAUGUACACUGACCAGUACGGGGCGAUGGCCCGACCCUCACCCUACGGCCCGUACGGCGGCCACCACCCCCACCACCCGGUCAAGGAGAUGGUCAAGCCGCCCUACAGCUACAUCGCUCUCAUUGCCAUGGCGAUCCAGUCAGCCCCCGACAGGAAGAUCACACUGAACGGGAUUUACCAGUUCAUCAUGGAGAAAUUCCCGUUUUAUCGGGAAAACAAGCAAGGCUGGCAAAACUCUAUACGUCACAACCUGAGCCUGAACGAGUGUUUUGUCAAGAUACCACGAGAUGACAAGAAACCCGGCAAGGGAAGCUACUGGACCCUGCACCCGGACAGCUACAACAUGUUCGACAACGGGAGUUAUCUGCGCCGGAGAAGGCGAUUCAAGAGGAGCCCGGCGGAGAAGGAGAAAGAGGAGAGGAUGAAGCGGUUGGAGGAGUGUAAGGACGGGGUAAAGGACGGGCUGGAGGAGGGGGAGAUACAGCACAGUUCCAGAGGGGAGUCGAACGGGAACGCCAGUAACACUUCCGGUUCCAUGUCGGACUCCGCGUCGGAGACACCGGUGAAGAUGGAGAAAGACAUGCGUCUGCGGAACUCGGUGUCGCCGGGGGAGCUGACCCGAGGGACCAAGAUGGAGCCGGCUGACCCACCGCAGGGCGAGUGUAUCGGCGGCGGGUUGAGUGACCACCAUCUGGUCAUGUCGGACCGGAUGGGCGGUGCCAGACUCGGCCAUCACGGCGCGCAUCUCUCCCAGCUUCAGGCCCACGGGCUGGGUCUCCAGGCUCAAGGACUGUGCGCGUCCAGUAGCUCCCUGCCCCUCCCGCCCGACUCCAUGUCGCCGAUCGAGUCGUCGGUGAGCAACUUCACGGUGGAGAACUUUUUAUCCCCGCCCCUGCUGGCUAACGGCGGUGAGAUGGUGGCGCCCGGGUCGUCUCUGUCGUCGCGCCCCCCACCCCUCGUCUCCCCCCACCUCCUGCCGUACUCACGCUCCUCGGACCUGUACCGGCCCAGCACGGCGUGCAGCCAGGCCGCCACCCCGCCGGCCGUCUCCUACAACUACCACUGCGGCUCUGGGCCGUCCGGCUCUGGGUACCCCUCCUCCAGCACCCCCCACAUCUCGGGCGGCCACCAGUCCAGCGGCGGCCACCACCAGCACGGCGUGAUGAACAUGUCCACCAACAACAACAGCAGCAACAACAGCGCCAACCACGGCUGCUCGGACGACACCAACGGCAGCCCGCACGGCACGCCGCACCACCACCACCACACCGGGCACAGCAGCCACCUCUCCCCCCACUCCUCCCUGCACCAGACCAACGGGCUCAGCUCGAGCGUCUUCUCCUCCAUGUCCCAGCACAAAGACUUCGGCUACCCGCGAACCAAUGGCUGGUACAUGAACCCGUCUGCCUCGGAUUUGAACCCCGGCCCGUCAGACUUUAGUUCCUUCACCGGCAUGAGUAUGAGAGACAUGUUCCAGAACUCGGCCAGCUGCCAGCUCGCAGCCUUCCGGCCCUCGUAUAAAGCUCCAUCCUCGUAUUACGAUUGCACCAAGUAUUAACCCUUGCUACGUCAUAGGCCUAGACGCAGCCCAUUUUCACGAACAGACCUCUUUAGUCACUGAACUGUGUCAAAUACGAUCUUUCAGCUAAACAAAAUACACACAACAGCUAGCUCGAAGGAAUUAGAAUUCCUAUGCUUAAUUUAAUUUAUAGUAGGAAUUUGGAUGCCCCAC